AUGGAGAACUGUAAAUGGCUGUUGCGGUGUGCCCUUGUAGUACUGCCCCGUGCGUCUUACUCGGUGCACGCGCCAGUCUGGGCUCGUCCAGUGCAGAACGUGUUGCUCUGGUGCGAGCAGCCAGGAGUGUUUUUAAGACCGUGAACAUUGACUGUAUUAUUGUAUGAACGCUCGUAAAUCCAUUGUGAUACACUGUCAAUGUGCGGUAACAAGUGGAGAGUGAAAAGUGCUCGCAGUUGACAGACAGUGUAAACCGGCGAGGGCGAGGAGGCGGUCUUCCCCCUCUCCCCUCCCCCUCCCCCCUCUUCCUUCGGUUGUCCUCGAAGUUAAGUGCCGGGCGUGAUGCCAGGCGUGGUGUGCUCCCCGCCCACGGGCACCAGCGCCCCCGCCGACGCCGCGGUGCCGUCCUCUCUCGGCACGGCGGACACCAGUGGCGAGGUGACCUCCUGGCGGACCUCACCUCAAGGCGGUAUUGCGCCUCCCUCUCCGGACUCUGAGUCUGGGAUCGAGGACUCUCCGGACAGCAUCGACGGCGUCACCAUGCCGCUGUCCCCGCCUAUUCCAAUCCCGUCCUUCCGUCGCGGAAGCCUUCAGCUCGGGCGCGGUCACACGCCGCCUCCGAGCGCCCUGCGUCAGCCAGACAACCUCAGCAACUCCGCCCCCGCCACUGCCAGCGAAGACAACACGCCCCCGUCCACUCGCGGUACGCCCUCGCCUCCGCCGCUCGUAAGCGAGGAGCCGCAGUGUGGUGGCGAGGCCGGAGCAGGAGUGCCCACCAUAGAAAUCAGCGAGGAUGCUUGCCCUGCCGAUCAGAGUCUGGAGGAGAGCCAAGUGCCACCAGUGCCGAAGGGUGGUGAAUCUGAGACGUCGGAGCAGGUCUCCUCGCACAAGCCUCAGCCGCCCAAGAGCUCGUCUCCGACCAAAUCGCCGCAUCACUCGACGCAUAAUUCGUCCCCGCAGCCCAACGAUGGGAUCCCUACAGACAUGUCGGAUACCACGGAGACGGAGCCCGACAGCAAGGUUACAUGUUUAUCUUCUGAGUGUGUGGUUUGCCCCAACCUGACCACACACCACCAGGGUCGUGAGAUCAUCAACACUGUUUUUGCACUGCCUGUGGAUACAGUGUUUACAUUACUCUUUACCAAUUCCAAGUUUAUGCUAGAUCUUUAUACAGCCCGAAAGACCACUGAUGUAGUUGCCAGUCCAUGGCAAAGCAACCAUGAAACCAAUCAGAAACUGCGACAGGUGACCUAUACAUUGACACUCCCUCCAAAUAGCUUUGGCCCAAAAGUUUCACAUGUAACAGAAACACAGGUUUUGUCACCUUUUAGUAAACCAGGAGAAAUAUAUACAGUUGAUGCAGAAGCCUGUAAUGCAGGCAUCCCAUAUGCUGACUCUUUCUUCGUGUCAAAUCACUGGUGUCUAACUCGUGAAUCUGCCACUGAAACAAGACUAAGUGUUUGGUCUCAAGUUAAAUAUAAGAAGAAUGUUUGGGGUUUCAUGAAAGGUGUGAUUGACAAGAACUCAUUUUGUGGUGUGGAAUCAUUACUAAAUGACAUAAAUGCUGCACUCCUUGCUGAGGUUGACAGUGCCAAUCUGAAGAGGACACGGCGAAGAAGACGACGGGUAGGAAGCAAAGGAGAGCCCCCAGAUGUCCUCAUUCCAUCAACAGCUGAUAAGGUCAAAGACAUUCAUAAAUCAACACAGAUCCCAGCAAGAAAGCUUACUUUGCCAACUGUUACAACUGAGAACAAUAAUUCCUCCAAUGAAGGUCCUGUGAGACUUGUUGUGGCAACGUUGGUCAUUCUCUUAACCCUGAAUGCCCUGCUGUACUACAAGCUUUGGGCGUUGGAGGAAAAGGUGUUUGUACAUACCACACCAUUCCCAGCUCUCGAUCCAAGCAUGUUUAGACCUGGGACAGGAAGUGGAGCCCUGGAAGAAUGGGUACGAAUAUUGCAACAGCAAGAAGCUCUUCAUGCAGCGGAAGUGGAACGGUGGAGGAAAUCCAUAGAGGAAGCAGCAGGAUUCCUCAGAAAAGCUGAGGAGUCUCUCCGCACGCUCCACACAUCCAUACCUCCACACCAUGCAAGCAAAAUCCAGCUUCUGCUGAGACAACUACAAAACCUUCACAACUCUGAGAGCCAGCGGAGAUCAUCCGCAGAAUCCGCUCAGUGGGGCCAAGAGGGAAUACCAGGAGACCCAUCCAAGGGACCAGAUGUUGGGGACCAGAAGAACAGUGGGGAAGACAGAACUGUGCAUACGAGUGAGAAUCAUCAGGAUCUGUGAAGGUUCAGUGCGAUGGCCAACCAAUUCCCUGGCGAGAGAAAGAGAUCUCUGAGGACCUGAAAAGGCAUUAGGAAAGGAAACCUAGAAAAGGAUAGAAAAGAAAAAAAAAAUUGAACAACUGUUGGUGGAGCUCAUUGUCUGUUAGGGAAAAGUAAUUCCUGAAGCAAAUGUUGCAAUGAGGUUGCUAUCACUGUCAUAUAAAUAUACCAAAGGUCAUGAUUAACCUCUCUAGGAGGUCAGUUCAUGAAAGGAUUGCAAAGAUGUCUCUUUAGUAUGAAAAAUACAAUUUUUUCUUUCCAUUUGUCCUCUUCUUUCCUGGUUAUUAUUAUAUUGACGAAAGUAGCAAUGAGCAUGGAAUGGGUGUCAGAAGUUAGUUAUAUUUUUGAUAUAUACUUGGAAUUCAUUCACAUGCUUCAGGUUUCAGUAUUUCCUUCUUAUAUUUUAAUGAAUGCAUCAUUUUUAUAUUUUGAAAUGUGAAUGUGGACCAAAUGUGUAUGCACUUGUGGUUGUGGAAAGUUUAUUUUUUUCAUUCCAACAAAUAAUAUAAGAAGGUGUGCUGCACAAUUACGCAAGUUUUGUGAAAGUUUGUAGAGUCCAAUGUGAGUGCAUUACUAAGUGAAAGAGGG